UGUUUCCGGAGUGUCGGAUGAAAAAUGUUUCUUUUUUUUAUAACUCUGGGGUUCUUCACAUUAUCUACAUUGGUGCUUCUUUACUAUUCAAUGGUUUGUCCCUGUUUCUUUCUCUCCGCUCCAUGCAUGGGAUUUAGCUGGCCCCCUACUUCAAGGUUCGUGAGAUGUCAGGCAUCUUUGGGCUAAGGUUGUCUCCCCCUGGCCAGUUCAUUUUGAUGAUGGUAGGGCUGCAAGCGCUCCCUUGGCUCCGAUGCUUGCGUUGCUUGCCCAUGAUUAUCUCAUCUCGAACACCAGGGAGAGAGGAGAAUCAAAUCAUGACAAACAGUAAGCUCAACCAAGCUAGCAACGCAGCGCUACUACCCAUCAAGCGCUCAGCCCAUUCCAUUCCCUUCCCAACAAAAUCUCGGCAAUGUCAAAGCCCAUAGAUGCCGUAUCGUAACACAAGACCCCUAUUCCUAAGCAUCAGUAGGAAACUAUAUCACUCGUAGACAACGAAUUCUUCGGCUC